AUGGUAACAAUCGGGCGUCAUCCACGCUGCCGAACUGUGCCUGUCAAUUUUGCAGUGGUCAAAGCAGACUCUCCCUACAACAUGCUGAUAGGCCAGCCCACGCUCAACGCCUUGAGAGCCGUAUACUCCACCUACCACCUGAGCUUCAAAUUCCCAACACAUGAGGGGGUGGCCGAGGUGAGCAGCGACGUGGGCGCCGCCCGGGAAUGCUACCUCGCCACCAUUCAAGCAGCAGUCACAUCCCGACCAUCGCCGAAGUCAGAAGAAAAGAGGCCAGCGGUCCUCUCCAUAGACUGCAUCGACCCUCAGAAGGCAGGAGAGCCCAAGAGGCUUGAGCCCGGGGAUGAGGUGGAACAAGUGGUUUUGGAUGAAGCGAAACCUGACCAAUUGGUCCAAGUAGGGGCCGGACUCCCCUCACCCCUGAAAGAAGAAAUGAUCUCCCUAAUCAAGGACCACCGAGACGUCUUCGCUUGGUCCGCAGAUGAAGUGGUCGGAGUGCCACCCGAGUUCAUGAUUCAUCAACUCAACGUUAACCCACAGGCCCGACCUGUGCGGCAGAAACGAAGGCACUUCGGCCCCGAACGUAGCAAGGCCAUAUCGGAUGAGGUCGACAAACUCUUGCCCGCCAAAAUGAUUCAUGAAGUCCAAUACCCUACCUGGCUGUCCAACCCAGUCAUGGUCAAAAAGGACACCGGUGGUUGGAGGAUGUGUGUGGACUUCACAGACCUCAACAAGGCCUGCCCCAAAGAUUGCUACCCUCUGCCGAGAAUUGACGCCUUCGUCAACUCGGCAAUGGGACUUGAGAUCCUCUGCUUCCUUGAUACUUUCAGAGGCUAUCACCAAAUAGGAAUGAGUGAGGAGGACCAAGAGAAGACAGCGUUCUACACCGACCAAGAUCGGCCGAAAUGUGGAGGCCUAUGUGGACGAUAUUCUCGUCAAAAAUUUAACCACUUCGGCCCUCUUAUCAGAUGUAAGGGAGGUUUUCGGCGUUCUGCGGAACUCAAGGAUGAAGUUAAAUCCCAAGAAGUGUGUCUUCGGUAUCACCUCAGAAAAAUUUUUGGGGUAUCUGGUUCCCACCGAGGAAUCGAAGCUAACCCCGACAAAGUCAAAGCCAUCCAGAACAUGUCCCCACCUCGGAACCUCCGGGAAGUCCAGAGGCUGAAUGGACGCCUGGCUGCACUGAACCGCUUCCUAUCCCAAUCCGCAGAAAAAGCUUUGCCCUUUUUCAAGGUACUUAAAAAGACCGAUCAGUUCGCCUGGACUGAGGAGUGCCAGGCUGCCUUCGACAAGCUGAAGCAGUACCUGCAUCACCUACCCACCCUCGCUUCACCUCGGCCCGAGAAGAAGCUCUAUGUCUACCUCUCCGCAGCGGACGAGGCUGUCAGCGCUGUGCUCAUCCGGGAUGAGGGCACUCAAGUGCCAGUCUACUAUGUCAGCGGAGCUCUCCGUGGGCCGGAUACUCGAUACACCCAAGUGAAAAAACUUGUGCUAGAACUAGUCCACGCCGCCCGGCGACUAAAAUCCUACUUCCUAACUCAUCCCAUCUCCGUCAGGACCGACCAGUCUCUCCGACAGAUACUGGUGCGGCCCGAGGCCUCCGGGCGCCUCACUAAGUGGGCCGUUGAGUUGGGGGAGUACGACAUGUCGUAUGAGCCGCGCACCGCCAUAAAGGCUCAAGCCUUAGCCGACUUCUUGGCCGAGCUCACCUUCACGGAAGGUCGAGAAUCCACCUCCGCCAUUGCCGAAGUGUCCACCUCGCACUUGUGGACGUUGUAUGUGGACGGAUCCUCUAUUGGAGAAGGCAGUGGGGCGGGACUGCUCCUGGAGGGCCCCCAGGGAGAAGUGUGCUCGUAUGCCCUCCGCUUUGACUUCCCGACCACCAACAAUGAAGCCGAAUAUGAGGCCUUGAUCGCGGGACUCCAGCUAGCCCGCAGGCUUGGUGCUCAGCGGAUCCACGUCCGCAGUGACUCCCAACUUGUAGUCUGCCAAGUCUUUGGUGAGUACGAGGCCAAGGAUGAAACCAUGCAAUGGUAUCUAUCCAAAGUCCACCAACUCAUCGCAUACUUCGAAUCUUUCGAUAUUCAAAGAAUCCCCCGCUCCCAGAAUAGGCGGGCCGACGCCUUAUCCCGGUUGGCUUCCACCUCAUUCUCUGACCUCAACAAGACCGUUUUGGUUGAAGUGUUGAGCGAGCCGGCAUACAUGGAAGAGGUGGCCUGCCCCGUGAACACGGGAGAAACAUGGAUGAGUCCGUUCAUCCUUUUCUUAGGGCAGGGAGUCCUCCCCGAGGACCGAGUCGAGGCGAGAAAGAUACAACGCAAAUCUGCUCGGUAUGCGCUCCGCGAUGGAGAACUGUAUAAGCGCUCAUAUCUUGGCCCAUGGCUGAGGUGCGUUACACCCGAGGCAGGACGCCAGGUCCUCCGUGAGAUACACGAAGGCCUGUGUGGGGCUCACGUCGGCCACAGGAUGUUACCCAGGAAGACCUUACUUCUUGGGUACUUCUGGCCUUCCGUUCGACAGGAUGCUCAAAAUCUUGUUCUCAGCUGCCCGUCCUGCCAAGUCCACGCCCCUGAGCUUCACCAACCCUCGAAUUUCAUGAUAAUCAUCUCGGACAAUGGGAGACAAUUUGCCGAGAACCCAUUUAAGACUUGGUGCGAGAACCUCGGCAUCAAGCAACACUUCACUUCGGUAGGCCACCCUCAGGCUAAUGGUCAGGCAGAAAAUUUUAACCGCACCCUCUUGCAUGGACUCAAGACCCGACUACACCGAGUUGGAUCAUCUUGGUUGGAGGAACUCCCCAGUGUUCUGUGGUCAUAUCGGACCACGCCGAGGUCAUCCACGCAAGAGACCCCUUUCUCCUUGACCUAUGGAGCCGAGGCGGUCAUCCCUGCGGAGCUCCUCACACCCAGUCCUCGUCUAACAACCUAUGUAGUCGAGGUGAACGGAGAAGAGAGGCGGCUGGAUCUCGACCUCAUCGACGAGAAAAGAGACCUUGCCUCAGCUCGGAUAGCUUUCUACAAAAACACCAUGGCCCACUACUACAAUGCCCGCAUCAAACAUCGGCGAUUCUUGCCAGGAGACUUAGUGCUUAGAAAAAACUCGGUCAGCCGAGCUGAACCGCAAGGGAAAUUAGGCUCGAAAUGGGAAGGCCCUUACCGAAUUGUGGAAUCUAGUCUAAGUGGGUAUUGUAAACUGAGUUACCGAGAUGGCACUCUAGUGCCGAGGACUUGGCACGCCGAGAACCUCAGACUGUAUUAUGCUUGA